AUGGACCAAAUCCAGCACCAGUACGAUGACAUGGCUACGUAUGUCCACUCACUUCGCCAAUCAGUAUCUAGCAUCGUCCUGUGGGCUGAGGAGAACCUAUCCCGGGACAUAUGGAUGCAGCAUCACCUCCAGAUCAUACUAUCUUCUCUUCACGAUGAGCUGACCAGGCUCCAUGGGAGUCUAUUUUUCGCCCACCGCGUGGAACUCGGUAAGACUGCUCACGCCAGAGGCGAUAGAUGUAGACUUGAAGAAGUUCCACCCCCAAUUCUGCAGACCUGCGAGGCUGCCAUCAACUUUCUCGCAGCCGACAUAGGCACCGCAGUUGCAAGCAACGAUGGGGCUCUCAUUAUCAAGCUAGCCUGGGUCGGCGCUGCCAUUUCUUUCUCCAUGGACGCGGCCACCUCGCCUCAAGAUGUGCUGUUGCGCCUGUCGUUCUUUCGCUCAGACCCCCCGGACGGGUUCCGAAUCCAGACCCAGGACCUCAUCGUCCUGCGCAGCUCACAACGCUCUGUUGAUUUGACGCAGAGACAAGGCGAUGCGCCCGUAUCUGCAGACGACGUUUCUCUAUGGUUGUCCCCAUUUCUGAGCCUCAAAUCUUACGAGCCGGGAGAAUAUUACCAUGAAAGGUUCGUAGCCGAGCUCAUGGAUAAAACCUAUCAGGGGCUCCCUCAUGCCGCCAUCGAAUGGCCUCUCCAUGCUGAGCACUUCUGGCCUGCUGUCAAGGACAAAGUCGUCUCGUUGUUUGCCCCAAGCCCGAAUUUCGGCUUCAUAAAUUGGAUUUUGCAUUUCGCCCGAGAAAUGUGGCCCGACGAGUUUGGCUGGCACAUACCUUCCCAGUAUCCUAUGAUUGACCUGACCGACGCUCUGUGCAGGGGGGAAAUUGGUCCCUUGCACAUUGCUGCAACCUUUGCAUUGCCCAGCUUAUGCGAUCGGCUGAUAUCCUCGGGUGCCGAUAUCAAUGAGAGAGGCGCUCUCGGGACGCCCUUGUGGUGCGCCUUGGUUGGACCCGAUAUUCUCGUCAACCACAUGGCCGGCAAGCCUUGGCACCCCCCGUCUGGUCGUCACUUUGCUAGCCCUAGCCGUUCGCCCACCAUCAGGAGGCUCUUGGAUGCCGGAGCUGAUUUCAGCAAUGGCAGCAAUGGCAGCGGGCUAGAAAAUACGGAAGACGAGCCUCUUUCGGUGUCUGGUAUGGCAUUCUGGGUUUCGCUGAAGACCGGAGACGAUUCGGUCCUGCAACGCAUCAUUCAGUCUGGGCCUGUGUUCAACCAGGGCCUGACUAGCCUUAUCGAAGAUCUCAAACUAGAUGAAGAAGAAACCCAUAUGAGAGAUCUCGUAUCGCGACUGCUGACCAUUCUCUUUGAUCAAUGCGUCCUCGCUGAGGCAAGCAUUGAAACUCAAGGCUUGGGUGCUGCCAUCAGCGAGGCCAUGUCUCGCCUCCAACUCAACCUCAACCCCGUAUCAGCCGACGGGAAACUGGGUAUCCCGGAUGAAGAGCUAAACCACCUGGCUGUUGCCGCUAUCGUCGGUGAUGACGCGUGGUCUCUCCGCCGAUGUGUGUUGGAUCCUCGGUUUCAUACAAGUCUGCCAACCAACAAAUAUCAGCGCCAGAACACACUUCUGCACAUCGCCGUUACGGAUGAUUUCUUUGAAGCUGUAGACAUCUUGGUCGAGGCGGGGGCCAGCUUGGGGGCUUUGGACGAAGAUGGUAAAACUCCUCUCAUGGUUGUCGAGAGUGUUGCCAUGAUGGAGAGGCUUGUUCUGACGCAUGGCGCCACUACUACACAGUCUGACCCUGAUGGCCGGACUAUUUGGCACCUGGCUGCAGCAACGAAUGAAACCGGACUCCUCGAAUGGUUGUGUCUCAAUGACCCGUCCAAAGACAUCAAUAUGAAUAAGGAAACGCUUGCUCGACGUACCCCGCUCGUUGAAGCGUUGCUUAGCACUGACUUCCUGGCUGACAAGCCCUUCAUCCAGAGAGACACCGAGCCUAAAGCCGCCAAGGUGCUUCUCAGGUACUUUGGUAACAGACUGUCGCUUUCAUCUGUCGAAAGACCUCUCAUCCACCUGGUCGUACCUUGGGGAGAUACUAGCUUGCUUCGCAGUCUGCGCGACCUCGGCGCUGACUUUUCUGAGCUGGAUGAAAAUGGCUGGACACCACUCCAUUGGAUAAACAUGUCUGCUACUCUGGAGUUCACUGAGCAGCUUAUUGAGCUCUGCCCUGAUAUCCCGUACAUGACAUAUUCCGGCCUCACUGCUGCCGAGACCAUAUUCCAGAAUACGGUUCUGCUGAGCGAGAUGGAGGAUGACGAACCCAAGCGAUCCUCGCACCCAUCUUGCAGGCGUGAACUGUCUAUGAGCGCGUAUAACCGACUCCUUGACCCCGAAAUGCUCCGGCAGUGCGAUGACAGGGGUGAAGGCUUCUGGCCCCGUUUCUGCAGGAACGUGUUGACGAAAAACAUCAAGACACAUGUGAAGGAGCAUAGAAUGACCCGGUUGUCAAUUGAAGCAGCGCUACAGUGCGUUUUGACAAAGGGCAUCAUGGCAGACUACGAAAGGAAGACUGGCCAGCCAGGUAUCAUGUGUUUGGAAGAGUUAGGGGCGGAAAGAGCAGGUAACAAGGAUGCGAUUCUACCCUUGACUAAAUUGCUCGACAGGUUCUGGAACGUGAAGCGCCUUCGUCGAAUUAUCAUCAAGACAUUGCGCAACAGUUCCAAUCUCAUGAAACGAUUGUUUUGGAGCACACCAGCAUGCCAGAGGUUGCUGAUUGAGUGCUGCGUGGACGAAGAUUUGCCGAUCUUGAAAUAUGUCUGUUCCAAGGGAGGUGACCUCGAACUGGGCGAGCGGCGUUACUCUGGGGUCACAGUUCUCGAGGCAGCGAUUUUGCACUAUGCCGAGGGACCUCAGGAACCCCUCAAAUCUCUCCUCGUAAACACGUCGGUGGAUCAGCUCAAUCGCCACCAAAUGGUUAUCUUGCGAACUAUUAUGAGACUCGAUCUAAAAGUAGACGGGCUUCCCGUCGAGAGUCUGCUUCAAUUAUUUAUUGACCGAGGUAUGCGCGUCAAUCCUGCAAGAGAUGAUGGAGAGUCGCUGCUGGCCGAAACCCUGAAAACUUUCCAGUUCGCGGCCGCGUCCCUGUUGAUCCGUCAUGGUGCUAGGCUAGACCUUGGUCGCGACGGGUACAAUGCCUUGAUUCAUGUAGCAAGCAAAGACGACACGAUGGCUCUCGAGUUUCUUGUCGAAUCGUUUGGCCAGCUAGGCAGAGAUGAAGUUAAUUGGGGUUCGCUCUACCUGCGCCCUGGCCUUCCCCCGCGAAACGUGCUACACGUAGCAGCAGAGCAUGCGAGCUGGGAAUUCCUGAGCGAGGCGUUGGAGACCCUCCCCCUGCUGAAGGAGCACAUCAACUUUGUCACAGAGGAGGGUGGGCCAAUCCAUGUAGCUGUGAAACGAGGAGAGGUUGAAGUGGCUGAGGUCCUGGUGGAACAUGGUGCCGAUUUGACGCUGCGUGACACCGACGAGUUGCAAGGCUACACUCCUCUGCAUCAUGCUUGCAGGCAUCCUGACCGCGCACUCCUGCUGUUGUGCAUAAUCAACGCACCUGAGACUCUCCAGUUCAAGGAUAAUCAAGGGAAGACACCGCUGACCCUGGCGACUGAGCUCGGCAACGACGUUGCACUGUCAUUGUUUAGAAGCUACGACUCAAUAUGA